CUCUAUUUAUUCCCCCCACCCCAUCCCCUCAUUUCCACCACAAAUCCACACUCCUUCACUCCACAGUCCAGUCUUCUCUCCUCUCUCCUCCCUUUUCUUCCUUUGUUUCAACUUUCAAGGUUAUCAUCUCUAUCCAUCUCUAGCAUUCAACGGUGCAGGAAAAAUGGCCGCCUCUCUUGGUUUGUUAGUGAUGAUGGGUUUACUCUCGAUGGCUUCCACUGUUUAUGGGUAUGGUGGUGGAUGGUCUAGUGCUCAUGCUACCUUUUAUGGUGGUGGUGAUGCAUCUGGAACAAUGGGUGGUGCUUGUGGUUAUGGGAAUCUUUACAGCCAAGGUUAUGGAACAAACACAGCAGCUCUAAGUACAGCAAUGUUCAACAAUGGUUUAUCAUGUGGAUCUUGUUAUGAAAUCAAGUGUGUGAAUGACCGGAAAUGGUGUCUGCCUGGUUCCAUUGUGGUCACAGCUACUAAUUUCUGCCCACCAAAUAAUGCUCUUCCUAACAAUGCUGGAGGCUGGUGCAACCCUCCUCAACACCAUUUUGAUCUUUCUCAGCCUGUUUACCAACACAUUGCUCAGUACCGGGCCGGAAUUGUUCCUGUUGCUUACAGAAGGGUGUCAUGCAGGAAGAGAGGAGGAAUUAGGUUCACAAUCAAUGGGCAUUCUUACUUCAAUUUGGUUUUGAUAACAAAUGUUGGUGGAGCUGGUGAUGUUCAUGCUGCAUUCAUCAAAGGUUCGAGGACUGGUUGGCAAGCAAUGUCAAGAAACUGGGGUCAAAACUGGCAAAGCAAUUCUUACCUCAAUGGACAGAGUCUUUCAUUCAAGGUCAUUACAAGUGAUGGUAGAACUCUUACUUCUUACAAUGUUGCCCCUUCCGGUUGGUCUUUUGGUCAGACUUACAGUGGUGCUCAAUUCCGCUGAAAAGCCUAAAAAAAAACUCUAUUUUGCAGUUGGUGGGAGUGAUGAUAUAUAGUACUAGUUUUUAUAGUAGUAACAGUAAAUAUGAGGAUGAGUUGGGGGGGUCAACUUGAAAAAAGGGCUUAUUUUAAAAUGGUCCUUUUUAUUGUCAUUGUGGGUUUUUCUUUAUUAUCUCUUUUUUUGGGAAGGUCCUUUGAUUAGUUUUCAUUUGAAGGACCUCUUUUUAACUAUUUUAUUAUAUGGGUCAGUACUCAGUAGUAUUAAAUUCUAGUAGGGAUUUCUGUUAUCAUAAUUAUGGCAGAAUGUUGGCAGUGGUGGACUUUUACCACCCGCGCUUACUUUGUUUAUGUCUUUUGUUUGGGGUCAAAAAUGAGAAUAUGAAACGAACCUAAUAUGUUCUACAUUUUGUUCUAUGCAUAAGGUUGUGUUGAAUCGGAGUGUAAUUGUAAAAUUUUCGGUUGCACUAUUAAUGAGAAUUAAAUUUAUAUAUUA